AUGCAGUCCUGGCCUCUUCUCGGUGGUUCCCUGAAUCAGAGCGUCCGACCGACAUCAGCGUACAGUGACCGCAUUCCGACAGAGCCCUCUCUUCUCGGCUUUACACUGCCUCUGGAUAGAGUAGCCAUCUCAUCUGCCCAAGCUUCGUCGAAUUCAAGCGGAGGCAGCGAUGUAGCGACAACAAGCGCCCAGGGUUUCUCGUAUCUAGCUUCUAUCAGCGUUGGAGCACAAGUACUGAAGGUUAUACUCGAUACAGGUUCCUCUGAUCUAUGGGUCGUAUCCUCUGACUGUACCUCCGGCGAUUGCGCCGGCGUACCGACCUACAAUGCCACAUCAUCUCUGAUUUUGAACGACGUCCCCUUCGACCUAGACUACCUCCAAGGCUCAGUAUCCGGUACAAUCGGCUAUGAAACUGUCGCUCUUGGACCCUAUCAGAUCACGAACCAAACGCUUGCUCUGGCCAACAAGACCGAGGGACUCGGACUAAUGGACAAUGGGAACAGCGGCAUCCUCGGGCUGUCCUUCCCGCCCGCUUCGACGAUUCCACGGACGGUCGGGACUACGCUCUUGUCAAACCUCUUCGCGUAUCUCCCGGAUAGAGAACGCUUCUUCGCGUUUGCUCUAGGCAGGAAUGGAACGUCUUCCUCCUUGAGUAUAGGGAGGAUCGAUCCUAUGUACGCCAACAGCAUCGAGGCGCUAUCGUACUCGCCGGUAUACAUCGGACCUAGCGAUCAGCCGGACUACUGGAAGCUCCCUCUGCGGUCCAUCACACUGAACGGGACAGCCACAUUUUCGAGCUUCUCCCCGAGCCGCCUGCCAAAUGCGGAUACCCCCAUUGCGGUACUGGACACUGGCACGACAUUCAUCUUGGGUCCGAGCGCCGACGUCGAUGCGUUCUGGGGAGCUAUAGGGUCGGCUAGGAAGUCGGCGAUGGGACAGUGGGAGGUGCGGUGCGAGAGGGCCGUUAGCGUCGGCUUUGUAUUGGGCGAGAAGAAUAGUACCAAGGAGUAUGCGGUCGAUCCGACGGAUCUCAGCUGGGUGCCUGGUGGAGAUGAGCCGGGGUGGUGUGUCGGAGGCGUGCAGGCGAACGACCAUGUCAACUCUGGUGACUGGAUCCUAGGCGAUACGUUCUUGAGGAACGUCUACGCAACACACAACGGUGCCACGAAAGACCAACCACCGCGUAUCGGCCUCUUGAACCUAACGAACCCAGCAGCAUCGCUCGAACGUUUCCGUAUAGAGCGUGGCGACGACCCUGCACCUCCUAUAACAGCAGGCACCCGGGUCCUCUCUACACGCGCCCGCAGGAUACCUAUAAGCCAGGUCGUCAUAUUGGUCGUUGCUUCGCUGGGUUGCUUUGUCCUAGGGGUCUUAGGGAGCUGGGCAACGCAAGCUUUACGCCACAGACACAAGUACAGCGCAGUCCAAGUGAAAGGGCCGGAAAUCGGAUUGGCGCAGCAGCCUAUCAAGUUUACUUUCUGA